AUGGCCAACUCAGGCCUCCAGCUCCUAGGCUACUUCCUAGCCCUGGGUGGCUGGGUGGGCAUCAUCGCCAGCACUGCCCUGCCACAGUGGAAGCAGUCCUCCUAUGCAGGCGACGCCAUCAUCACUGCCGUGGGCCUCUACGAAGGGCUGUGGAUGUCUUGCGCUUCUCAGAGCACGGGGCAGGUGCAAUGCAAGCUCUAUGAUUCGCUUCUGGCCCUGGACGGUCACAUCCAGUCAGCGAGAGCCCUGAUGGUCGUGGCAGUGCUGCUGGGCUUUGUGGCCAUGGUGCUCAGUGUCGUGGGCAUGAAGUGCACUCGGGUUGGAGACAGUAACCCCAUCGCCAAGGGCCGUGUGGCCAUCUCCGGGGGUGUCCUCUUCCUCUUGGCAGGUCUCUGUACCUUGACCGCUGUCUCGUGGUAUGCUACCCUGGUGACCCAGGAAUUCUUCAACCCCAGCACUCCUGUCAACGCCAGGUAUGAAUUUGGUCCAGCUCUGUUUGUCGGCUGGGCCUCUGCUGGCCUGGCCAUGCUGGGGGGCUCCUUUCUUUGCUGCACAUGCCCAGAGCCGGAGAGAGUCAACAGCAUCCCACAGCCUUAUCGCUCUGGACCCUCAACUGCUGCCCGAGAACCGGUUGUUAAAUUGCCCGCCUCCAUCAAGGGCCCCCUGGGUGUGUAA